UUUAGAGACAAUGUCUCACUGAGUUGCUUAGCACCUCACUUUUGCUGAAGCUGGCUUUGAACUCACAAUCCUUCUGUCUCAGCCUCCUGAGCCUCUGGGAUUACAGGUGUGCGCCACUGCGCCCAGCUGUUCAAAGUAUAUUGAAGUCCCUGUUCUACAUGCAGGAGACAGAAUGGGUACAAAAUAAUCAGAAAUCUCUCUGCAUUCCUGGAACUUACAUUCCAGUAAGGAGGGGCAAUGAACAAUAAGCCAGGUAAACCAGAAAACCACCUUGUAUGUUGGAUGAUAAUAAAUGCUAUCCAGUAGCAUAGUAAAGUGUAGUAAAAGAGAAAUUUGGGGUGAAUUGAGUUGGUUUGCAAUGGGAUAUAUAAUAAACAGGGCAAAGUGCAAGUAAAGACAAAGGAAUGAAGGGAGUAAGUCAUGUGCCUGUCUGUGGAAAGAGGAAACUGGAAGUGCAAAGGCCCUGAAGGUUUAAACUUCAGGUUUAAAGAAAAGCAGAGAGGCCAGUGUACUAGAACAAGGGGGAGGAGAGAGUGGUGAGGAAUGAGAUCAGAGGUGCUGGAGAGGGGUGGGGAAUUCAUGUAGGAUUUAGAUGGCAUUUAGAUUUAAAUGGGAAGCCACCAGAGUGUUUGGAUUGAUGCUAAUACUCCAAAGUCACAAUAGGCCUCUGCUUAUACUUGCUUCAUUCCUGGACACCAGGUCACAUCUACUACAUAAGUAUGUGUUUUGGUUUGGAUGUGAGGUGUCCCCAAAACCUUCUGUAUUAAUGCAGGAAUGUUUAGAGGUGAAUGAUUGGACUUUGAGAGCUGGAACCUAAUCACUCCAUCCUAGUUUGGAUGAUCUGGGCAGUAACUAUUGGCGGGAGGAGGUGUCAUGCCCUGGAAGGGGACAUCUUCCCUGUGGCCUCUAGCCGAGUCCUGGAGGUCGGGAGGGCUUCCCUGAGUAAGUGAUUCCUGGUCAAAAUCUGAAGGGUAGAGAAGAGAGAAUUGUCUUGGGAAAAAAGGGCAGUGGGCUGGAGCAGUGGGGGGCAACCCUGUUGGACCAGGCGGAGGCUGGGGCUGCUCUAAGAACUUUGCCUGAGAGCAGUGGGACAUCCUCAGUGGCAGGUGACAGGUCAGGGCUGGGAAGGCCCCUUGCUCCAUGUGGAGAAGGCCUGAAUGGUAGGAAUGGAUGUCAUCAGAUGGCAUAGUCAUUAAGGUCCCUGGAAGCCAAAGCGGCAGUGAGGACCCCCUGCAGGUGCUGGGCUGGGAAGAUGUGGGCAGAGAUGCAGGGGAAGACAAACUGGACCCCUGGUAUAAUCAGCAGGACCCCGGCUGGAGGAGAGGGCCCUAGUCAGUGUGGCCAGCACAACACCAGGUUCACCUUGACCUUUCCCCUUGACCUUUCCGAUUACAUAAUGCCUGCUGAGUUAAUCAUAUUUGUCAUUGCACUUGAAAAUCUUGUCUUGAUGAUGCUAAGGAGCAAAGGGAUAAGCAGUCUAUUUUCAGAACCCAAAGAGGUUUAGGAUAAAAAGUAGCUUUCAGUUUGCUGCUGUUCUUCCCCCAUGUGAGCUGGACAGCGAUGCAGCCGCAGGACCCCCUGUGAGGAGAUGGGGCCUCAGCUAAUGCUUAGAAUUGCUGAUGCUGCGGUUUGCCAUCUCAACCUAAUCCAAUUUCCACUCUGCUCCUUAGAUGGGAUUUGGCUUUUAGACACUGAGACCUGGGUGCUGGGCAUCCUCACCAGAUCCCCUACAAAUUCCCCACACACAUCAGCCAGGGGCUGGCCUGUGACUUGCAGGGUCAUCUGGUAGGACAGCACCAGCUGGCUCAAGCAGGGGCUGGCUGCCCAUCGUCCCAGGACAUAGGGACCCUCUCCUGACUCCUUCAGGCAUCCCAUCUUGUUGGUGAUAAAUCGCAAGGUAUGUGACCACCACAACCCAAGCCUUCUCAGAACCCCUGGGCAGGCACAGGGAGAAGCAAGGAAGGGCAUUUUUACCUAGAUUGUCCCAGUGUGGUUUCCAUAGGCUUUUGCUUGUGAAGGAGACUUGGAGAGCAUUGAACUCCAGACCACUAUGAUGGCCUCUGGAACAGGUGGCAGACUGUGGGAAGGCAAGCCCUGCCUGCUAGCAACCACUGGGUGGGACUUUGGGGAUUUUUUCAUAUGUCCUUGAAAACUGCUUUUAUGAAGUGGUUUUGUGGUGGAUUUCAAGAACCUUUUCUAUUUAUUUGCUAUAAGACACAGUCAUGAUAGAAUUUUAGAUUCAACCUGGCUAAGUGUAACGACACCAAAGAUCAAUCCGAAAAGCAAAACUUUCUCACUGGAAUCUAGCUGCACUUCCCAGUAAGCUACCAAGAAAUGUUUAAGGCUUACCAAGAAAAGUAAAACCCACUUAAAACACACACACACACACACACACACAUGCAUCCUGCAAUGAAAUAUAAACUAAGCAAAGACCUUAUUUUGCCAGGCCUAGGUGUGGGAGCAGGUAGAGGAAAUGUCCAGUGGAUAUGAGCAUCUCAUGAGUAGGUUGUUCAAUCAGGAUGUUCCUGAGUGUCUGGUCAGGAGUGUUUUACCUUUUCCCAGCCCUCCAGCACCUGACGCACAGCCCAAGGUGGAAGGAGUUGCCAGCAAUAUACAACAUGGCAGCCAGUGCUAAGACCAGUAAGUCCCAUGUCAUCUUCAAGAAGGUCUCCCGGGAUAAAUCGGUGACCAUCUACCUGGGAAAGAGAGACUAUAUAGACCAUGUCAGUCAAGUAGAGCCUGUAGAUGGUGUGAUAUUGGUAGAUCCGGAGCUUGUGAAGGGAAAGAAAGUGUUUGUCUCUCUGACCUGCGCCUUCCGCUAUGGCCAGGAUGACAUCGAUGUGAUAGGCCUGACCUUCCGCAGGGACCUGUACUUCUCUCGGGUCCAGGUGUACCCUCCAGUGGGGGCUGCAAGUGCCCCUACGCAGCUACAGGAGAGCCUGCUCAAGAAGCUGGGGGGCAACACUUACCCCUUCCUGCUCACGUUUCCUGACUCCUUGCCCUGCUCAGUGAUGUUGCAGCCAGCUCCACAAGAUGCAGGGAAGAGCUGUGGGGUCGACUUUGAGGUCAAAGCAUUUGCCACAGAGAGCCCAGAUGGUGAAGAGGACAAAGUCUCAAAGAAGAGCUCUGUGCGAUUGCUCAUCCGCAAAGUCCAGCACGCGCCAUCUGAGAUGGGGCCACAGCCCCAGGCCGAGGCCUCCUGGCAGUUCUUCAUGUCUGACAAGCCAUUGCACCUUGCAGUCUCCCUCAGCAAAGAGAUAUAUUUCCAUGGGGAACCCAUUCCUGUGACUGUGACAGUGACCAAUAACACGGAGAAGACAGUGAAGAAGAUUAAAGUCUUAGUGGAGCAAGUGGCCAAUGUGGUUCUCUACUCGAGUGAUUAUUACGUCAAGCCUGUGGCCAUGGAGGAAACACAAGAAAAAGUGUUACCUAAUAACACUUUUACCAAGACCCUGACAUUGGUGCCCUUGUUGGCUAACAAUCGAGAAAGAAGAGGCAUUGCUCUGGAUGGGAAGAUCAAGCAUGAGGACACAAACCUCGCCUCCAGCACCAUCCUUAAAGAGGGCAUGGACCGCACCAUCAUGGGCAUCCUGGUGUCUUACCAGAUCAAGGUGAAGCUCACCGUGUCAGGCUUUCUGGGAGAACUCACCUCCAGCGAAGUGGCCACUGAGGUACCAUUCCGUCUCAUGCACCCCCAGCCUGAGGACCCAGCAAAGGAAAGUUUUCAGGAUGCAAAUUUGGUUUUUGAAGAGUUUGCUCGCCAAAAUCUGAAAGAUGGGGGAGACACUGAGGAAGGGAAGAAGGAGGCUGUCAAUGAUGAGUGAAAAUAUCGGCUCAGACUCCCGCGAGCGGCUGUAGUUCCUGGUGCCAGGAGCAAAGCCCCACAGUCAGCCCUUCAGUUGUGCUAGAUAGGAAAGUCCGAGUUUCCUCCUGGAAAUAAAGUGUGUCAUGUGA